AUGGAUGCUACCCACCGGCUGAUAAUUCACAAGGCUGCCUCUCAUUUUGGUGUCACUGCUGUAGUGUCUUUCUCCGAGAAGAGGGGGCGGAAAGCUGGCUUUGGACCGCCGUUCUCCUACCUCGAAGCAUUUAGAGACCAUGGCCAUUACCAGCGAGCCUUGAGUGGAGAUCUUGAACUUUACCAACUCUGCGAUGUGUCGGCUAUGAUGCCGCCGCCUCUUCCAGCGACGCUGGCACCGGGCAUGGCGCAACAGAUCCUCUUUCUCAUUGCUGACAGCUUCGUUAUUACCACUUUCCGGGUGACAGCUAAAUCAGCAAGGGGGGCAGUGAGGAUAGUUGUAGUGAAGAUGCCAGGUCAAGUCGACUUGACUCUAGCUCACAGAUAUCCUGAGCACGCAAGGAGCAAUUUGAUCCGGGCCCAGUGCCACUCAUGCGAAUAUGUCGCCUUAAUGAACUAUCAAGCCUUGUAUGCCACUCAUCCGAGUUGGUGUCUGAAUGCGAAUGGACUAAAUGCUGUACCGGCAACACUGCAAAUAACCAGCGCCGACGAUGAGCGCAAUACCAGCACAACAGCUCUCACGAAAUCCAGGUACGUAAACCAAAAGUUUUUAUCAGAGCAGAGGCUGCUGUCAUUCGCCGAUCGUCUCAUCGAGCCGUUGGUUGGCUUGUCCCAGUAUGCCAUUGCUUCUCGAAGAGAGAUGGAGGAAACCUUGUCUCACCAGGUGUAUCGCCUACCUGGAAUCCCCACGCCCAGUAGCCCCCAAGACACUAGACAUCCCGCAUUCAGUUGCAGGCUUGAUGAGCUGCUUCCCAGGUUCGUGGAUGGGUUGUCUUCUCUCACGAACCAAACCCCCUACAUCCAUACCUUGCACUCGAACACGAUGACUGCCGAAGUAUCUCACGGAAGAGGUGGCGCCGGAAACAUGGCCGUUGACGACACCCAGUACGUCGACGGCGAGGUCGUGAGAACAGGCCCCGAGGGGUCUCAGGGAACUGGCGCAUUCAGCGCAGGUCGUGGAGCGCAUCGCCUUAUCACCCAGCCCGCCAAGCGGCAUCGGCGCAAUCGCCCACUUGGCCGAUGCCCCGCCCCUAACCAUGCUCACUCUCCACCCCACGAUGUCUUCAGCUGUGCCGGUAACAUUGGCGACGCCAAGAAGGAGCCCGCUCUGCGCUCCGACAAGGACCUCGUCCCCGAGGAGGCCUACCGUCCCUCCAUGGAGGGCCAGGACUACCACGUCGGCCGGGGCGGCGCGGGCAACGCCGUCGAGACGGAGAAGUCGGCCGCCCACAAGGACAUUGAUCAUGAGAAGAAGGCCGCUGCGCAGGCUCGUGCCGACGGCCACUCGAGCGUCAGCGUCGCCGACAAGCUCAAGGCCAAGAUCCUCGCCCCCUUCCAUAAGAAAUAA